AUGGUAGUCUUCGUUGAUUUGGAAGAUGAUUCGGAACCUUCAAGGCAUAUUGGGCGGCGAUUGACACAUUCACCACAUGGAUUAAUGGGUUUCCAAAAACCCAUUUGGGGUGGCUUUGAGGGGGCGAACAAGGGGGCGAAGACUGCAGGCGGAUUGGUGUUGGAGGAUGAUGGAAGAGAGAAUCCAAAUAAAAAUGCGAUUACAGAGGCAUUGGGUUGUUAUCCUAUCAUAUCCGUCAUAGCAUCACAUAUCGACCUCAACACCCUCGAUGCACUCUCCCUCACAUGCCGCCAAAUCCGCGUCAACCUCCUCCAAUUUCGUUCCAAACUCCUCACAUCUACCCUCCACUGCGAUAAAGAGGAGGAAGAUCUCGAUCCUGAACAUGCAUUGCGCUAUCGAGCGCGAGCCACAGAUUACUAUUUUGAAGAAAGUGUACAAAAUCCAUAUGCGACUCAGAAAUUAGGGUUUUGCGCGAGAGAUCUGAACUGCACCAUUAAACCACCCGGCCCUGUUCUUCUACGUCAUCGCCAUCGCCGUAUCUGUAGAACAUGCUCGAAAGCUCCUCUUGCCUCCUUAGUCUCUACUGCCUCCUCACAUUGUUCCUCGUAUUCCCCCUCAAUUACACAUGACUAUACCCCUUCACUGUCCUCAGAAACCAUCAAAAUCUCUCUCUGUAGCUGUCCGACGGCCGUCUGGCUUUGCCAACCCUGUGGUCGCUCUUUACGUUCCCUCGAUCAAGAAUACGAAGGCAUCUGGAAAUGGCGCACGCGCUACCUCCCGUCCCUAGGCGGUCUCGGUGUCGGUAUUGGCGAAGGAAACCGCGGCGUCCCAUGCGGACGCGGAAGCUCCUGUUUAGCCGCCAUAGAAGUGGAACAGGAAACAGACUGUGACGCCGAAGAUGCCCGUGAAUUCGAGAAACACAGUCGAGCAGGCAGUCCGAGUUCCAGUCCGGCGGGUAGCAUAUUCAGAGGCGCAAGCCCGAAUAUAAGCGAGAGGAAUUUAAGUCUGGGACCAGGGUAUGCGAGGCAUGAAAUUGAGGGGAUUGGAGGGGUAAUGAAGAAGAAGAGGGUUAAGAUGGUGAGGGUAGGGGCUUGUGUGCCGGAAUUUGAGGAUGAAAAGGCAGAGGGGAGAUACUUGGUUAGGGAGAUGGAGGGAAGGGCUAGGAGUUGGUGUGGAUGGUGUCAUAGGGCUGUAAAGGGGGGUGAUGAUGUUAUUGAUUGA